CUCAAGCUGAAGUGCUUGAGUACUUACCGCUUGCGCGACGCCGAUGGACUCGGACGAUGAAAUAGAAAUCAUCGGCGAGAGCAGCUCACGGCCGUCCUGUGCUGGCCCAACACUGUGCCAGUUGUGUGACAUGAACUUCGACUCCGAGAACUUCAGCGAAUUUCAGCGUCAUCAGCACUAUGAAGCACACUUCAACUCCAGCUCUAGUAAACAAGGGCCGUCUAGUGAUAAAUUCAGGAAGCCAGCGAUACCCAAAGACUUGUUCAAACCUUGCAGCUUCCAACUGCCACUAAGAAAGAAACAGGCAGAUGAAUUUUGGUAUCCUACCCUGUCGAGGCCGCCACCUGACAACUACUGUCCAGGCUUGAUCCCGCUCUUGAAGCAUGCUCUGAAGAAAUCUCAUACCAAAGGAAACACACGCAGAGCUGUUCUCUGCUAUGAAUCAGCUACGCAUAUCUGUGUCGAGGCAUUUGACCGCCGAUGGGGAUGCGGCUAUCGUAAUUUCCUCAUGGCAUGUGCUGCGCUCAUGGACCAGCAAAUCCAGAGCAUAUAUUUCGCCUUACUAGAUGAUCCCUUCCCCCCUAGUGUUCGCAAUCUGCAACGUUGGAUAGAAGCUGCGUGGAAGGAAGGUUAUGACCGUGAAGGUGCUAAAGACUUACGAAACCUGGUAGACACAGACAAAUGGAUUGGCACAGCAGAACUCUAUACCGCAUUCACAUUUCGCGGAAUCCCCUCACAGCUCGUAGAUUUUGAUCUUUCAAAAAGCGAGAAAGGGAUUCAAGUUAUGAUAGACUGGAUUGUCCGGUACUUUUCGCCGCCAAAUCCAAAACAAGACACGGUGACUGAUGUCCUCCGCGGCGCGUCACCUGUGGUCGCAACGGACAAAAUGCCUUUGGUUUUACAGUUCAAUGGCCAUUCUCAAACAAUCGUUGGAUAUGAGAUUUCGAAGAAUGGGGACACGAAUCUUCUCGUAUUCGACCCUUCCAGGCCCCCUAGACUGAGUAUGCGUCGAGCUGCAAUAGCCGGAACUUCUUCUGUUGUAUGGGAACAGUCUCGGACAAAUCAAGUGCUACAGUCUGUCAUGCACCCAACGUCUAACGGACGCUCCUCGAAAUUGAAACGUCCUUCGUCAUCUUCCGAUAUGCAACAGCACAAACGAACCAAAUCAUCUGAGUCAGACGACGAGAUCAUAAUCGUGGAAAACUUUGACGAGCCCAAGAAUGGCCGGGAAUCGGGCGUUUCUGCAGGUCAAACGCAGCCAUCGACACUUGACCCUAGCAAUGUCGUGAAUCACUUUCGGCUUGGCAUGUCUAAAUUGAAGCGCAAGCAAAAUUACCAGAUACUGUACUUUCCCAUGACCGAUCCAUGGUCCAUUGAAGAACGUGACAAGCGGAAGGUUGUAACGAGCAUCUCAUGUUGUUGAUUUUUUUGAUUUGACUCAACACUCGUGUUUCCCAGUAUUUUUUUAACAUCACACCUCAUAAUUUGACAUGUUUUGAUCACACAUUUGUACAGGAUAGGUGGAUGGUGGAGCAUGACCAGGUAAAUGGCGAGAUGAACGUUCAACGAGGGACGCGGCGCCUCCAAGCUUUUGUUCAGCCAAUCCUAUUUUUUACUUAGCUGAAGUGUGAGACAUUAGUACCAUAACAUCGAACCAAUGUUUCGGAUUC